AUGGUGAAGUGGUCCAGGGAUGAAUUGAAUAGGCAAAGGAGUGCUACACAAAUAAUUGCCGUCGACAAGAUUCAUCAGGAGGCUACGAAGAAACUCGAGGAUGAAGUGAAAGCGAAAAGAAAAUCCCUCGGCACGACUCAUCAGGAGGCUACGAAGAAACUCGAGGAUGAAGUGAAAGCGAAAAGAAAAUCCCUCGGCAAGACUCAUCAGGAGGCUACGAAGAAACUCGAGGAUGAAGUGAAAGCGAAAAGAAAAUCCCUCGGCAAGACUUAUCAGGAGGCUACGAAGAAACUCGAGGAUGAAGUGAAAGCGAAAAGAAAAUCCCUCGGCAAGACUUAUCAGGAGGCUACGAAGAAACUCGAGGAUGAAGUGAAAGCGAAAAGAAAAUCCCUCGGCAAGACUUAUCAGGAGGCUACGAAGAAACUCGAGGAUGAAGUGAAAGCGAAAAGAAAAUCCCUCGGCAAGACUUAUCAGGAGGCUACGAAGAAACUCGAGGAUGAAGUGAAAGCGAAAAGAAAAUCCCUCGACAAGACACAUCAAGAGGCUGUAAAAAAGCUUAACUAA